CCGUCCCUCCUGGAACUUCCGCUUUCUGUCUGCACUACGGAAGUCGCCCUUGUUGCGGGCCACGACAGCAUGGCGGGCGUAGAUUUGCGGGCGGCUUUGGAGCAGCAGCUCGGGGCUCUGGCCAUCCGCACCGAGGUCGUGGAACACCCCGAGGUGAGGCGCUACCGCCGGGGUAGCUCGGCCGAAGUGUUUACAGUUGAAGAAAUGAUGCCUCACGUUCAACAUUUGAAAGGAGCACACAGUAAGAACUUAUUUCUUAAAGAUAAGAAGAAAAAAGGCUAUUGGCUGGUUACAGUUCUUCAUGAUAGACAAAUUAAUUUAAAUGACCUUGCCAAGAAAUUAGGUCUUGGGAGUGGAAAUCUACGGUUUGCUGAUGAAACAGCCAUGUUAGAAAAACUCAGAGUUCGCCAAGGCUGUGCCACACCCAUGGCACUCUUCUGUGAUGAUGGAGAUGUGAAAUUUGUUCUGGAUUCUGCUUUUUUGGAAGGUGGACAUGAAAAAGUGUACUUUCAUCCAAUGACUAAUGCUGCAACCAUGGGCUUGAGCCCUGAAGAUUUUCUUACAUUUGUGAAGAAGACAGGACAUGAUCCCAUAAUACUUAAUUUUGAUAAAAUCUAAUUUGGCUGUCUUUUACAAUAAAUUUCUGAAAGCCAAUUUUCCUAUUUGUACUUUACAGCUAACAUUAAAAAUGAUAAUAAUAUUUA